AUGUGUGGUGGUGGCGGUUGUGGUUGCGGUGGUUGCGGUUGCGGUUACAGUGGUGGCGGCUGCGGGGUCGUGGUUGCGGUGGUUGCGGACUCGACAACUAUGCCUAUGACGUCGGACCCGGAUGGCAUGGUUGCGGCUACCAGGGCGGAACUCCAUCGUGUUGCGGAUGUGCCGGUUGUGGACAAGGUGGUCGCGGCGGCUUUAAUGGCUGCUGCGGCUGGUAAAAGCAUCGAAGCUGGAAGACACAAAUAA